UACACCACCUUCCAAAGCAAAACAAAACCCCACACAAGUUGCAAAUUCUUCUCCAGUGUUGGAAGGACAGAGUUGUGGGGGGUGUCGGUGUGUCCCCUGUGUGAAGGAUGCAUUGGUGGCUGUGGUCCGCAGCAUUUCGACCAGACUCGAUUCGACUUCACAGCCGUGGACAUGGAACACCUCGGCCACUUCACCCCACAGGACUGACAGAGCAAUCGGAUCGAUUCUAAUCGACUCAUUGGAGGUUCAGGACUCCGAGGAAGCUCGACGCUAAAGCGAGUCUGUAUUUUCUAUCUGAUACACACAUCCAAAAGCCAAGCCUCGUUUGCUGUUAGAACAACUCCCAGACGGUCUGUGAGGUGAGCACAGUAAUGGUCACCUUCCUUUACGCGAUGGUCAUUUUGUAUGUUGGAAGCUUGAAGGCCGCCCCAUUGCAAUCGAACAGCACGGCGCAAGGCCAGGGAGCCCUGGGCGAGGCGCUGGCCCGUGACCUGCGACUCAGCGAGGAUGAGACGGAUGGCGACAGCUACUCCCUGGACGAGGUGCUGGGCGAGGUGGCGACCCUUGGGCCCGAGGCCUCAGGGAAGGAGUGGGACCUGUACUCUCCGCGGGUGACCUUGGCCGCCCAGCCUCCUGGUGUCCCACCUCUGCUCUUCAUCAUGGAGGAGACGCUGGGCCGGGCAGAGAUGGCGAACCGGACGGUGCGGCUGAAGCGGCAGGCCCCGAGCCCGGGCGCCGGGGGGGUUGACCCUUCCCGGAGGGGCGACCUGUCGGUGUGCGACAGCGUCAGUCGCUGGGUAACGGACCGCCGGGCGGCAGUAGACGUCCAUGGUAAGACGGUCACCGUCAUGAUCGACGUGCCUACCUCCACUGGGCCCCUCAAGCAAUACUUCUACGAGACGAAAUGCAAUGAGCGAUCCUCAACGGCACAGGGUGGGUGCAGGGGUGUUGACAAGAGACACUGGAUCUCCGAGUGCAAGACCAAACAGUCUUACGUCCGCGCCCUCACUAUGGACACUCAGAAACGGGCGGGUUGGCGCUGGAUACGCAUUAACACCUCUUGCGUUUGCACAUUAAUUAACCGGACUGGCAGAAUAUGACCGAGCCUUACCCCCGCUCCUGUCUAUCCCCUUCCCCCUCGUCUAUUGGUGUUAUCUAUGUGUUUUUUUUUUGUAAAUAUAUAAAAUAUAUAAAUUAUUUCACUUAAGUUUAUGGAUUGCAUGUACAAAAACAAACCUGAAAAGGACCUUUAUACUUUGAACGAUUGUAUUUAUUAAUCCUGAAUUUGCAUAUUGCAACUGUUGUAUUAACUUAUUGUAUCUGAAAUAUAUUGUUCUUGGGGAAACCGCAACGUGCGAUCACGGGCGCUUUCAGUUUUUCAGGGAGCCAACGCAGACAGACGCGUCAAAAACCCGAAAGAGCGGCGGAAAUCAGAAGCAAUAUCAGAAAUUGCUGGAAAAGCUCAGCAGGUCUAACAGCAUCUCUCGAGAGAAAUCAGAGUUAACAUUUUGGGUCCAGUGACCCUUCGUCAAGAAGGAGACAGACUGAGAGGUUGACAGGCAAGAUGUAGAGGGAUGUGGGUGAUGCAGGGGCAGAUGGGAUUGGAUUAGGAGGGCAUCAAACAGGCACAAUGGACCAAAGGGCCUGUUCUUGUGCUGUACUGUCCCGUCCUGGGGUCACAAUGUCAUCAGGAGAUUUUGCCAGAUCUAUUUGCCUUGAGGGUGAAUCAUAGAAUCCCCACAAUGUAGAAGCAGGUCGUUUGGCCCCUUGAACCCAUACCACCCCUCCAAAGAACAUUGCCCCCACACUCACCUGAUCCCUGCCCCUUGUAUUUCCCGUGGCCAACCUACCUAUCCUGCACAUCACUGGACACUAUGCGCAAUUUAGCAAGGCCAAACCUCCUCACUUCACAUCUUUAGACUGUUGGAGAAAACCCACACAGAUAUGGGGAGAAUGUGCAAACUCCACACAGUCACCAGAGGGUGGAAUCAAACUCAGGUCCCUGACGCUGUGAGGCAGCAGUGCUAACCACUGAGCCACAUUCUCACCAAAGCACAGAUACGUGGGAACAUAGGAGCAGCAGUAGGCCAUCCAGCCUCUUCCAAUCUCUUUUCUUGUUUAUUUGGAAUGAGGGUAUUGCUGACAAGGCCAGAGUUUAUUGCCUAUUGGGUAGUUAAGAGUCAGCCACAGAGAAAAAAACCAAAUAGCUAUAUAUACUGGAAAUCAGAAAUUGCUGGGAUAACCCAGCAGGUCUGUGAAGAGAAAGCAAAAUUAACAUUUCAGGUCCAGUGACCUCUCUUCAGUGUCAACCAUAUUGCUGUGGGUCUGAGGUCACGUGUAGGCCAGACCAGAUAAGGAUGGAAGUUUCCUCCCUGAAGAACACUAGUGAACCAGAUGGGGUUUUCUUGACAACUGAUUCAUGGUCAUCAUUAGAUUCUAGACUCCUGAUUGUUAUCAAAUUCAAAUUCCAGCAUCUACCAUAACUUGAACACAGGUCCCCAGAAUAUUAUUUGGAUCUCUGGAUUAAUAGUCCAGUGAUAAUAUCACCCCUCACUAUGUUCACAGCUGACCAUCACAUCUUUCAAAGAACAGAAACUGGACUUGGAACAUUAACUUUGUUUCUGUCUGUCUUCUCUCUCUCUCUUCAUAGAUGCUACCAGAUCCGCUGAGUUUCUCCAGCAAUUUCUGUUUUUAUUUCUUCCAGCCCUUGCUAAUAUCUAUACAAAAAGCAAAAUAUGGUAGUUACUGGGAAUUCUGCAAUAAAACGUGAGAGUGCUAGAGAAACUCAGCAUCUGUGGGGAGAGAAACAGAAUUAACUUUUCGAGUCCAAUGUAACUCUCAUGCCAUUCUGAGCAGGGGUCACUGGACUUGAAACAUGAACGCUGGUUUCUGUCUUCAUAGAUGCUCCUCAACCUAUUAAUUUUCUCCAGCAAUUUCUGUGUUUGUUUCAGCACCUGGUUCCCACUUUUCCUCCAUACACUUUGAUCCCUUUAGCUGUAAGUAUUAUAUCUUGAAAACAUUCAAUGUUUUGACCUCAACCACUUUCUGUGGCAGAGAAUUAUACAGGCUCCCCACUCUCUGGGUGUAGACAUUUCUCCUCAUCUCAGUCUGAAAUGGCCUACCCUGUAUCCUUAAUCUGUGACCCCUGGUUCUGGAGCAGGGUUAGAGGUCAGAGGUUAUUUAAAUAAAGGACAGCAGAUUCCGUUUAGA